AUGGCUAGCAAUAUGUCAGAAAAUAGCAAGUUUGCUUUGCCUGUGAACAACGAUGGUGAAACAAAUGUUCUGUCUAUGAUCUACAGAUUUUUUAAAAAGGUGUCCAUAGUUGGCGCAGUAUACCUAGUUGGUUAUAUGCAAUGGAGUGUCGCCUGGCUUAUUGGUCCUGUGAUAUUGUCUGUGAUGAGAGACCAGUGGCGUAAGGAGAAUGAGUACAGGCGAAAUAUUGCUAAAAUCGCAGCCGUUUCCUCUGAGAAGGAUGUAGUACUUGCGCGGCUUGACGACCUUCCAGCCUGGGUUUUCUUUCCCGACGUUGAACGCGCUGAGUGGUUGAACAGAAUACUCCUUCAAGUAUGGCCCAACGUAAAUCAUUUCGCGAAGACGCUGUUGAAAGAUUUAAUUGAACCCGCCGUGGCUGAAAGUUUGUCUAACUACAAACUAAAUGGGUUCAAAUUCGAGCGCAUGAUUCUCGGUACUAUUGCUCCGAGGGUUGGAGGGGUGAAGGUCUACGAUAAGAAUCUUUCUAGAAAUGAAAUCAUUAUGGACAUCGAUCUAUUCUACGCUGGCGAUUGCGACAUUUCAUUCGUUCUUCAACGUAUUAGGGCAGGGAUCAAGGACCUUCAGAUCCACGGAAUGUUGCGUGUUAUAAUGAAACCGUUGAUCACCAAAAUGCCGCUUGUGGGAGGUCUUCAGGUCUUUUUCCUCAAUAACCCGUCUAUUGAUUUCAACUUGGUUGGAGCUGCAGAUAUCCUGGAUAUGCCCGGAUUUAGUGACAUCUUGCGUCGUUGUAUCGUGGAGCAAGUCGCGAACAUGAUGGUGUUGCCAAAUAAAUUGCCCAUCAAGCUGAGCGAUGAAAUCCCAACCGUGGACUUGCGUUUGCCUGACCCUGAGGGCGUACUGCGAAUUCAUUUGGUGCAAGCUCAAAACCUUAUGAAAAAAGACGUUUCUAUGAUCGGGAAGGGUAAGUCCGACCCGUACGCGGUGAUAACCGUGGGCGCCCAGCAGUGGAAAACGAAGCACAUAGACAAUGACAUCAACCCACGUUGGGAGUAUUGGUGCGAGGCUCGUGUAUUACAAUCGUUGGGUCAAGCGUUGGAAAUUGAAGUUUUCGACAAGGAUGACGGCAACAAUGACGACAAAUUGGGCAGCUCGAGAAAGAGCCAGGUGCUGCAGUGCGAGGUGUGGGACUGGGAUCCGGGGAUGGGAAUUCAGCACGAUGAUUAUCUUGGCAGGUGUUCCCUGGAUAUUGCUCAAGUUGUUCGUGGCGGGCGUGUUGAUACUUGGCAAACUCUACAACAAGCGAAACAUGGAAAGGUCCACUUACGCUUGUCUUGGCAUCGACUGUCUUCAGAACUGUCUGAUCUGAAUCGAGCUAUCCUUGAAACACAACUCGUUAAAAAUUCAGAGCUGAGUUCCGCUGUUCUGUCAGUAUACAUUGACUCCUGUAAGAAUUUACCAAAUGCGCGUGCGCAAUCAAAGCCCGAUCCAUAUCUCCAAAUCACAGUUGGAAAGAAGACCCAGAAUUCAGCUGUUCAAAUGAGAACGGAUCGACCCGUGUACGAGAUAGGACAUUCCUUCCUUGUCCACAAUCCCAAUGUCGACACGUUGGAGAUAAAGGUGGUGGACCAGAAAACCGGCAGUCAGCUGGGUAUUUUGACGUAUUCCAUAGCGGCUUUGCUGAAACAGAACGAACUUACCUUACUUACGCAACCGAUCAAUUUGCAAAAAUCCGGGCCUGAAUCGAAGAUCAUUUUGGCUCUGCAGCUAAAGAUAUUAAAAGAAGCAAUAAAGGAAGAGGAUUACGAAGAAGAAGGUCAACCUCAGACCCCGCCCCCUGCGCCCGAGUCUCCUCCCGCUGCCCCUGCUGUCGCACCAAAUGCAGACAGCACCGAUGCGGCACCACCAACCAAUACGGCGCCUUCCGCUGAAUUGAAAAAUAUUGAUGAAAAUACAGACAACGGUUCGGGCAAAUCUGUUCCUGUGGAGGAAAUUGUGAGAGAAGUCAGUAGCCCACAAGAAAGCCAACCUCACGAGUCUGACACUCCUAAACUUGUCCAUAGAGUAUCUUCUUUAACUACCUCUGCAGGUGAAGCGGGAUUAGGUCGCAUUUUGCUUUCCCUACGCUACAGCGUUCUAAAUCAAACACUCUAUGUAGUUGUUCACAAGAUUAUGAACAUACCUCUCAAGGAUCCAACGAAUGUGCCAGACCCUUAUGUUAAAUUGUACUUACUGCCCGGGCGAGCCAAAGAUUCGAAGCGCAAAACCAUAGUGGUGAAAGAUAGCUGCAUGCCCGAGUACGAUGAAUCAUUCGAGUGGGUUAUUCCCCUUGCUGAACUACAUUCGCGCCAGUUGGAGGUGACUGUGGCAACACACAAAGGCUUCUUGGGCGGUAGUCCUGUUAUUGGACAGGUUGUUGUCCAUCUUAAUCAGUACGAUUUUAGGGAAGCAAAGACUCUGUGGUUAGACUUACUACCUGAGAUGACUCCUAGAGAUUAA